CUGGGAGACCUACUGACCUCGACUGCACAUUUCUCCAUGGCCAGCAGCAGCCGAGACAGAGACGAUCUCCUCUCCUCCUUCACCGCCGCCAACCACUCACAGUCCUCCUCCCCGGUCACCGUUUCUGACCCCCUCGACAUCUUCCACGAGCCCUCCGGCAGCGCCCCCGGGAGCUUCCAGGGCGAGGGCCUGCUUGGCUCCGGCGAUGGCGGAGGCUGCAGCUCCGACGCCGACUUCGGGUUCUCUCGCCCGGAAUUUCGGCAGGCCCAGCUCGCCGGUACCGUGCAGUUCUACGAGCGCCACGUCUUCCUCUGCUACAAGAACCCUAGGGUUUGGCCCCCGAGGAUCGAGGCCGCCGAGUUCGAUCGCCUACCGAGGCUUCUCUCCGCCGCUGUGUCAGCUCACAAGGCUGAUAUGAAGAGAGAGACCCGCUUAACAAUAUGUGAAGGGCACGAUGGUACUGAGACCUCAAAUGGGGAUGUAUUGAUUUUUCCAGACAUGAUUAGAUACAGGAGAUUGACGCAUUUUGAUGUGGAUACUUUUGUCGAAGAGGUACUUGUGAAGGAUAGCGAGUGGCUCCCCGGGAAUCCUGAAAUGCUUAGUGGUUCAUAUGUCUUCGUGUGUUCACAUGGGUCUCGGGAUCGUCGCUGUGGACUCUGUGGACCCUCUCUUGUCAAUAGGUUCAGGGAAGAGAUAGAAAUAUAUGGUCUUCAGGGUAAAGUGUCCGUUAGCCCAUGUUCCCAUGUUGGGGGACACAAGUAUGCUGGGAACGUGAUAAUAUUUGGAGUUGACGCUAGUGGAUCAGUCUCUGGUCACUGGUAUGGGUAUGUUGCACCUGAAGAUGUGCCUGUGUUGCUGGAGCAGCAUACUGGAAGAGGUGAAAUCGUGGACAGGCUUUGGAGGGGUCAGAUGGGUUUAUCGGAGGAGGAGCAGAAGAAAUCCCAAGAGCAGAGGUUCCAAUUGCAGAGCAGAUCUACCGUGGGUAAUCCUGCUAAUGAGUUUAUAGAUCUUAAGAGAGAGAGGAAGAACCUUUCGGAUCUUAGCCCACCAGAGGAGAGUUUGGGCUGUUGUCCGGAAAACGGGAGCUCAUCGUGCUGUCAAAGCUCCUUGUUUUCGGAUAAGUCUGAAAAUUCUGGCUCGAGAGAGAAGUCAACCAAGGGCAAGAAUGAAUCGAAGAGCGGGAAAAACCUAUUGUCGAGACUGAACAGCGGGAAAGGGAACCGCACGCGGAAAGUUUGCAGUAUGCCCACGUGGUACGAGAGCUGGGAGCGUGAAGACUCUUACGCUGCUCUCGCUGUUCUUUGUGCUGCGGUCUCGGUUGCUGUUGCCUACAGCUGCUACAAACAACUCGGGUGAAAGCGAAACGAAAUGAGGAGUCCAGGUUUGUUUUGUUCUUUCGGGUUUUCCAGGUGAUAUUAAGGCCAGUGCAUUAGAAGCAUGUUCAGCUUCAGAUUAGGACAUAGAUGUAUGAAUCGAUUGUCUAUGCUGACGUGCUUGUUUUUGCUUUCCUGUCUGGAAUGGGAAAGAAGAGGAAUGUAUUCCUUGUGUAUGAUUGCGAAGUUGUUAUAUAGUAAAAUCAUCUUGUUUGUCGAUUUCCGGGGAUUCA